UUAAAACUACUCCAAAGUUGAAUUGACAAGCAUUAACCACAUCGAGGUAACAGAGCUUCAGCUGCCAUGGAUGUUAAGAUGGAAGAUGCGGCGGCGUCUACGGCGUCAACGUCGGAAGCUAAUGUUGCUCCUCCAACGGCGGUAGAGAAAUCUCCCUAUGAUUUGCUGAAAAAGAGCAAGCUUUCCGUGGAAGAGAUAGUUGCUAAGAUGCUUUCUCUCAAAAAGGAUGAUAAACCUAAACCUGAGCUUCGCGAGCUUGUCACUCAGAUGUUCCUCAAUUUCGUCUCUCUUCGUCAGGCAAACCGUAAGAUCUUGAUUGAAGAAGAUCGCGUGAAAGCUGAGACUGAACGUGCAAAAGCACCUGUGGACUCCACAAGUUUGCAACUUCAUAAUUUGAUGUAUGAGAAGAGCCACUACCUGAAAGCUAUAAAGGCAUGCAAAGACUUCAAAUCCAAGUAUCCUGACAUUCAACUUGUUACCGAGGCUGAGUUUUUUAGUCAAGCUCCUGAAGAGUUUAAAGGAACUGCUGUAUCAAAUGAAACUGCUCACAACUUGAUGCUUAAGAGGCUUAAUUAUGAGCUUUUCCAGAGAAAAGAGCUAUGCAAGCUUCGUGAGACGCUGGAGCAGAAGAAGAAAAGUUUUUUGGAGACUAUUGCCAACAGAAAGAAGUUCUUGUCAAGUCUUCCCUCACAUCUCAAGGCUUUGAAGAAAGCGUCAUUGCCUGCACAAAACCAACUAGGACUUUUACAUACGAAGAAACAAAAGCAGCUGCAUGCAGCAGAGUUGCUUCCUCAGCCAUUGUAUAUAAUUUACUCUCAGUUCAUGGCCCAAAAGGAAGCUUUUGGGGAAAACAUUGAAUUGGAAAUAAUUGGAAGCUUGAAGGAUGCUCAAGCCUUUGUUAGGCGGCAAACACAGAAAGAUACUGGCAUUUCAUCCAUGCAGGAAAGUUCGCGGAUAGAUGAUGAUGUAGUGGAUGAGGAAGAUGAUGGUCAAAGAAGGAGAAAACGACCCAAAAAAAUGGCUGGCAAGGAAAAUGCUGAUGCAGCUGGGAUAUAUCAAGCUCAUCCACUUAGAAUCAUUCUCCAUGUCCAUGAAAAUGAAGUUUCUGAUCCAAAGUCUGCCAGACUUGUUACUUUGAAGUUUGAGUACCUGUUUAAGCUGAAUGUUGUUUGUGUGGGUGUUGAGGGGUCUGAUCAAGGGCCUGAAAAUAACAUUCUGUGCAAUCUAUUCCCUGAUGACACGGGCCUUGAGCUACCUCAUCAAUCUGCUAAGCUCCUCUUGGGUGAUGGAGCAGAAUUUGAUGAAAAACGUACUAUGCGCCCAUAUAAAUGGGCCCAGCAUUUGGCAGGAAUUGAUUUUCUGCCGGAGUUGUCGCCCUCAUCAACUAGUAAUGAAGCUGCUAAGUUUGAGGCUGGGAAGGACUCUGUAAUUUCUGGACUUUCACUGUAUCGGCAGCAAAAUCGAGUGCAGACGGUGGUGCAAAGAGUUAGGUUGAGGAAGAAGGCUCAGCUUGCACUUGCGGAACAGCUUGAUUCACUUACAAAACAUACAUGGCCCCCUCUGAGAUGUCAAAGUGUUCCGUGGGCUGCUCAUGAACACCUGUGUUUUCUUCAUAGGUGGUCGCCUCAAGGAUCUUCUCUUAACCAAGGUAUUCCUUUAGCUAGAGUUGAAGUGGAACAAGGCCAUAUUUCGUUGGAUACAAACAUGGCAGGAAGAGCUGGGUCCUCUAAAGAAGAAGGGAUUGUGACAGAAGAUGGGGAACUUCCAUCUUUGGUUCCAGCAGCUGUUGUGACUGAUGAAAAAUCUACUGCUAAUCUAAAUCAAGGAUCAGUUGCCAAACAUUCUAAACGGAUGACACUAAUAUCAAAAAAUAUUACAGUUCCAGUCAAAACUGCCAGAAACCAGAGUUUUGGGCGAAAUGAGGAUGAUAUUGAUCUUAUGAUGGAUAGUGAAAGUGAAGUAGAUGACACUCCCCAAACUGACCGGGAAGAUGAAAGUAUUGACGAGGGAAAUUUUUGGGUGAAUUAUGCAGUUAAAGAGUUUGAACUUAUUUUAACCCGGAAAAGAGAUGUGGAGGAGGGGGAUGUUGAUCUAGAGGCCAAGAUUUGUAUAAGCAUGGAGUAUCCACUCAGGCCUCCUCUUUUCAGAUUGAGUUUAUGUGCUCAGUCUUCAGAUGGAAACAGUUCAUCCUUCAACCACUCCAUAUGGUACAACGAGCUUCGUGCUAUGGAAGCUGAGGUCAAUCUUCACAUACUGAAGAUGUUACCUCCUGAUCAAGAAGAAUAUAUCUUGUCUCAUCAAGUGCAUUGUCUUGCAAUGCUCUUUGAUCUCUACCUAAAUGAGGCUUCUCAACCCUUGGAAAUUGAUAUUGGCUUGUGCAAGCCAGUCAGUGGUGAUCUGAAAGCCAGAUCUAUCAGGGGAAGGGAUCGCCGGAAAAUGAUAUCUUGGAAGGGUAUGGAAUGCACCCCUGGGUAUCCGUAUUGAUAUAUUAUUACAUUGUUCCAAAGGCUUAUUUUUAUCUUUCAGUAACAACCCCUGAUUACCAUAGUAGCAAUUAAUUAUUCUCAUUGAGGUGAAUCAGGUGAUCACUCCUAUGAUCUGUACAGUGAUCUCAUUUGCCUCACUUAUGCUCCUCAGAUAUUUGAUAUCUGUGAUAUGAGAUACAUAAAUGCAUAAAAGAGAAAUGAAAUUUAUUUGUUACAGUACCCUAGUUUCUCUUCAGUUUACGUGCUAUGUCCUCCCCCCCCCCCCCCAAUGCAUCUCUUGGGGAUGACGCCGUUUCUCAAGAACAUACGCUGAUACCAACUGUCACGGUCCGGGAGUUUGGACCCCGAAACGUGCGGCGCGCUCUAGCCUUUUGGCGGCAGGAAUGCUAGCCUUGAGCGGAAGAGGGGCUUGUGAGCACAAAGCAACACAAGCGGGCAAUAGAAUCUCAGGAGCACUCACGUCUAUCUGGGCG